CUGUGAGUGCCGUGUGCAGCAGCGCAGAGGGAGGAGGAGAAUCCAAACACAAACCUACAGUACAGCGAUUCACCGAGUGUCGGCUGAAAUUGGAGAAGAUGAGCAGCAAUGAGUGCUUCGGUUGCGGCCGCACUGGUCACUGGAUCAAGAACUGCCCCAACGCCGGGCGUGGCCGCGGCAAAGGUCGUGGAAGAGGAAAAGAUCUGUUCUGCUACCGGUGUGGUGAGCCGGGUCAUGUGGCAAGAGAUUGUGAAAGAACUGAAGAUGCCUGUUACAACUGUGGCAGGAGCGGCCACAUCUCCAGGGACUGCAAGGAGCCCAAGAAGGAGAGGGAGCAGGUCUGCUACAACUGUGGCAAAGCCGGACACGUGGCCCGAGACUGCGACCACGCCAACGAGCAGAAGUGCUACUCCUGCGGCGGAUUCGGGCACAUCCAGAAGGGCUGCGAGAAGGUCAAGUGCUACAGGUGUGGCGAGAUCGGCCACGUGGCCGUCCAGUGCAGCAAGGCGAGCGAAGUCAACUGCUACAACUGCGGCAAAUCCGGGCACCUGGCGAAGGAGUGCACCAUCGAGGCCACGGCUUAGUCCCGUUUCUCUGGUCGCCCCUCCUUUUUCUGAUUGAUGGUUGUAUUAUUUUCUCUGAAUCCUCUUCACUGGCCAAAGGUUGGCAGAUAGAGGCUAGUCCCA